AUGUCCUCUUCAAGCUCCGAGUUUACUUCCGAUCAGAGCGACCAUGAGAUAGCUAUGAAGCAAAGCGAUUCUAAGCGUCCUGCUCGGCCUCCUAUGGCUGCAAGGGCAUCUACAUUUCAUGCUGGAGAGUCUCGGGACGACCACAGCGACAUCAAGGACUUGCUUGAUGCCGACGCCGAGAGCCAUUCAAAUAUGAUGACUGCUGCUUUGCUCGAGUUUUAUUGCCUUACACGUGCCGCAGAGCUCUUGAAUAGACAACAUGGCUCUCAUAAGAGAUACACACGUGACUCGCCAGAAGUGCAGUUUCUUGGGAAGAAAAUGUACUCCUACAAAUCUCAAUUCUUGUCAUCACUUGGAGUAAUAGCAGAAGAUAUCGACAGGGAUGAGUUAAGGUCAACGAGGCAAUAUUAUCGUGACAAUCUCGAUGCUCUUGGCUUAUCAGCAUUGGAGGAUCUGAAUUUGGACGAUAGACAUGGUCCUCAUCCAUCAAUUGGUGCGGCUGGGAAUCUUGUUCUGCCUUCAAAUUCGUCGAAAACGGUCGAUUUGCGUUCAAAUACUGACACUGCGGUAAAUUUACCGUUUGGAACCAAAGUCGCCGGCCCCUUGGAUCUUCGAAGGCGACCUGUAGGUGGAAGAGACGUUCGGACAUUUGAGGAUUUCCAGCUUGACCCAAGGCGUCUUCCACGAUUAAUCCCUCUUACUGGCAGUUCUCCUGUGAGCUUUCCGUUGUUUGAGCUCAAUCCUCCACCUCCAGAUAAUCGAAUGUCGAGGUAUGCCGUAGAAUUUUCUGAGAUUAAAAUUCUAGGCCGAGGGUCAUUUGGAGAAGUUUACCAUGUCAAGAAUCACAUCGAUGGACAGGAUUACGCAGUUAAAAAAAUCCCUCUCAGCCAGAAACGCCUUGAGCAGCUGCAAGGUGGAAAUCAGAACCAACUCGAAAACAUCAUGAAGGAGAUACGAACACUUGCACGGCUUGAGCAUGCACAUGUUGUAAGAUAUUAUGGUGCGUGGGUCGAGCAAACCCAUUUUCCAAGAUUUCCCUUGAUAAAUUCAAAGCCUCCGGCAAAGCUCGAGUAUGAACAAACGCGCGAGGAGAGUCUUGAAUUAACAAGGGAUGAUGAUAGUUUUGGAAUUGUAUUUGAACAUUCAGAAGGAGCUGAACACCAGACAUCUACCGAAGACGAGUCCAUUGAUUCUCAUAGCGACCACGAUGCCACAAUAGCGUCUCACUCAUCAAAGAAGACCUUAUCAGCUAGCCUCGAAGAGGAUGUCGAGUCAAUACCUCGAAACUUCAAUGAUCCUUCAGCCAGUCAAUUAUCGACAUUUGGCGCUAGUGACGAUGACAUUUUCACGGAUGGAUUCAGUUAUGACCAGUCCAGACUGCAGAUACAAAGGAGAACUCCAGCCGGGGCUGCAGUACCCGCGGUGAUCCUGCACAUACAAAUGUCAUUGCACCCUGUCUCGCUUAGUUCGUACUUGAACCCACAGCAAAAAGAGUGCGUCGACGGGAGCCAGUCUCUAAUUCGCCGACAUUGCUACCACUUGGUGCCGUCGUUGAGACUGAUGCUAAAGAUUAUAACCGGCGUCAACUAUCUUCACUCAAAAGGUAUCGUCCACAGAGACCUCAAGCCAGCAAACAUAUUCCUGUCAUGUAUCGAGGACGGCAGCUUUGAGGAAUGUUUAGUUUGCAAAGCAGACAAUGGAGUCUGCUCAAAGUUCUGUCAUCCCCGGAUAGGGGACUUCGGCCUUGUUGCAGAUAUUUCACACUUGAAUGAUGAUCACUCACCAGAAAGCCCGAUGAUGUCCAAUACUAGCCCUCAAAAACCGAACCGGAUUGUUGGAACGGAGUUCUACUGCCCCCCCGAAGGACUUGGUGCAUGCGAAGAAGAGCUGAUGCCGUACUCCAUUGACGAGAAACUCGACGUUUACGCCCUCGGUGUUAUUUUAUUCGAGCUCUUGUAUCGCCUCAACACCAAGAUGGAGCGUCAGAUGGUGUUGACAGGGUUAACGAGAGGCCUGCAAAGGCAGACUCCAUUUGGAUUGUCUCGAGAGAGACCCGUAUUUCCCGUUGACUUUGCGCAGAAAGUUGAUCAGGGUUUAUGCACAAUGCGCAAUGCAGAGUCCGUUGCGGAAUCAUUGAGGACUUGCAUCAAGGGUAUGCUGGAGCUGCAGCCUUCCCAGCGUUGGAGCUUGUCGGAUGUCCGAAAAUAUUUGCAAGAGAUUCUAAUCGUUGGUCAGGGGAGUAACCUGUAA